UAAAAUCGAAACAAAACCCAACAUUUCAGUUUUUAAAAAGCUCAAACUCAAACUGGUAGUUUUUAUUUUGUUUAGGAUUUUUCGGUUCUCAGGUUCGGUUUUGCGUAUCCCUAUAGAAUACCAGGAUUAUUUUUCUAAGAGGAAGGUUUGAACUUAUUUUGAGAAUUGAUUUAAGUUAAAGGAUUAAAAAUGCAAAUUCUAUGCUUACACACACUCCACAAACACACUUUUCCCACUCUGAGCUUCUAACUUCUCUUUGAAAAGUCAAAAUAUUUGCGUGUGUUGACUUUCUUUAGUAAAUUUAGUAUCUUUUUUCGUAUAAAACCAAGUUCUCUUCACUAUUUGGCAUCAUUCAUAUCGAUAUUCGUGACAACUUCACAACAAAAACUGAUUGUUUCCGAUCUCUUUAACUUAUUCUUCAAAUUCCUGAUUCGUUAAUGGCUGAUCUUGAACAAGAUGUCCAAGUUCCUCGCUUUUUUAUUUGUCCAAUUUCGCUUGAGAUCAUGAAAGACCCUGUAACUCUCUCUACAGGGAUCACAUAUGAUCGUGAUUGCAUCGAGAAAUGGUUGUUUUCUCAAAAGAAUGAAGUUUGUCCGGUAACCAAACAAGUCGUCGUUGAUAUUGAGCUCACACCGAACCACACCCUCCUGCGACUGAUCCAGUCAUGGAGCACCCUUAAUCCGUCGUCUGGCAUCGGGACAUUCCCAACACCACGGCUUCCGAUCUCCAAAACUGAAAUCGUAAAACUCUUGAAGGAUUCUUCUUCAAAGUCUCCUCACCUGCAAAUGAAGUGUUUGAAGAAGUUAAAAACGAUUGUUAUGGAGAACGAAAAGAACAAGAAGUUGAUGGAAUCAGUAGGUGCAGCUGAUUACCUUGCGUGGAUCUUAACCAACAUGGAUAAUAAGAUGACGUCCUCACCACCGGCUGGAGACGUUUCCGGUGUCGACGAGUUUAUUUCGACUGGAACAGACGAAGCGCUAAGCAUUCUUCACCACCUACACCUGUCACCAAUGAGUCUUAAAUCGUUGUUCGGAAAGACUGGAGAUUUCGUUGAGACGUUAACACGCGUGAUGGAACGCGCCACCAGUUACGAGUCACGUGCUUACGCCGUCAUGUUACUGAAAGCAAUGUUAGAGGUGGCGGAGCCCUUGAAAGUGACGUCAUUAAACCCUCGUUUAUUCAUUGUGCUUGUACAAAUCUUGGUGGAUGAAAUCUCCCAGAAAGCCACAAAAGCAACACUAAAGCUACUCAUCAACGUCUGUCCAUGGGGGCGGAACAGGAUGAAAGCGGCGGAGGCAGGGGCGGUUCAGGUGCUGAUCGACAUCCUCCUGGAUUGCACAGAAAAGAGAGUCUCGGAGAUGGUUAUUGUGGUUCUAGACCAACUUUGUCAGUGCGCAGAAGGACGAUCGGAGCUGUUGAAACACGGAGGUGGAUUAGCGGUGGUUUCCAAGAAGAUCUUUCGAGUGUCAUCUUUGGCUAGCGAGAAGGCGGUGAGCAUCUUGCAUUCGGUGGCGAAAUCCUCCGGUAACAGAAGUGUUCUGCAAGAGAUGUUGCAUUUGGGGGUGGUCGGAAAAUUGUGUUUGGCGCUGCAAGUAGACUGUGGAAGGAAGACGAAGGAGAGUGCAAGUGAGAUUCUAAAGAUGCAUUCUAGGGUUUGGAAGAACUCUUUUUGCAUACCCUACAAUUUAAUUGUUUCAUACCCAUCAUAGAGCAAGAAAUUUUUUAUUUUUGAAAUCAUAUAGAAAGAAAAUAUCAUCCUACUUUUUCUUUUUACGUAUCAUCCUACCCAAUUAAAUGGUGACAUGUGUAACAUUUAAUGUUCAUUUAAUGAAAUUUAAAGAUAUUUUAAGAUAGUAAUA